GGCAGCACGCCAAAGGCAACGCACGCUAACUCUUACGUCUCGCUUUUCGUUACUAACGGUAUAUUACGUUUUGACAGUGCUUACGCUUUCGUGUUCGUUUGUGUGUGUGCGCGUGUGUGUGUCCGUGUGCAUGUGCGUGUGCGUGUGCGUGUGUGUAAGCAAUUGUCAAGCAAAUUUGGUCCAGAUCCAAUGCAAAGCGAGAAGCGAUAAGCAAAAGACAGUCAAAACCAGCUAAAGGAGCUGUCGCUGCAAAGAAGAGCAAGGACAGCCGUAAAACGACGAUAACAACAACAACAACAACAACGACGACGACGUCAACGUCGAGGACGAGCACGAGGACAUUAACUUCAUUUACGUCUCGCCACAGUUGAAAUAAACGACUUUACGACACUGGCGGAUUUGCUAAAAAGUAAACUUACAAUCCUUGUGGCUAACGAGCUGGUUUGGCUCCAACAACAACAAUAGCACUAGCAACAGGAGCAACAAGAAGCAGACGCAACAGCAGCAGCAGCGACGUCGAGACGGCUUCGACAACGUCGAUGCUGGCGUUUACACGCUACAGCAGCCGCAUAAAUUUCCGCUUCAAUUGGACGUGUACGGCGGUAAUUGCAGCUUUGAUUACCAGCAACACGAGCUGCCAUCCGGACAUUACCAACAACAACGGCAACAACAACAGCAGCAGCCACAGCAACAACAACGAGAGCAAUCAACACUUUUCAUACAACAACAAAAGCAGCUGAAAAAUCGGUGCAAAAGCCAGCGGGAGCAGUGGAGAAUUUUAGGAAUAUCCUCCAAUAUCAACGAGACGAGAUUUAUUGAAAGUUCAGCGGCUCCAACAAUGGACGAUAUGGUUUAUCAGUGCAGCAAUCAAAAUUCUAUUUACGUACUCAAUGCCGGCUACAAUGCAGCAUAUGGCAACUUUGGGGCAACGGCAGCAGCAACAGGGCGUGAAAUGAAUGGCAGCAACAUCGGCAGCAGCAGCAGCAGCAGGACAACGGGCAACAGGACAAACAAUUCAAUUGGGGCAAGUUGCUCGAGUGCCGCCUGCAGUUUGCAGCAUAAAUUCAAAAGUUUCGGCACAGCCAACGGGUCGUCAGCAACGGCAGCUGCAAUAGCAGCGGCAGCAGCCCAAGCGGCAGCAACAACAGCAACAGUUGCUGUUGUCACAGCAGCAACAACAAAUCCGGUCGCUACAUCAAUGUCAACCGCAAUGUGUUCACCGGCAACGGCAGCGCUGCAGAAAUUGUUCAAUUGCAAUGUGGCUUCCAUUGGUGAUGUCUGCCAAAAUGUCAGCCACAGAAAUCAGCAGCACCAGAGCCACAAUAACAGCAGCAGCAGCAGCAGCAGCAACAACAACAACAACAGCAGUGGCAACAGCAACAACAACAGCAACAAUUGCCCAGUUGGGAGUCAUAACAAUGGCUGCCUGUCAGCAGCAGGCUUACAUAGAUGCCGGUGCGACACGCACGAGGGUGCAGCAGUUGCAGCUACAGCAGCAACAACAGCGGCAGCAGCAGCAGCAGCUGUUGGCGCUGUGGCCAACAGGAAAAAGUGCACCAAUGUCAAAUCAACGCUUAUUGCCAAGAAGACAAAGUUUCUCAAAUUUCUCGAAGAAGAAAAAUGGCGCAGCAACCAGCAGCAGCUGCUGACACCGGAAGAAGCGGAAGCUUGUGGCGCCACACAGCAGCCCAGCAGGGCCAACAGCAAUGAGGCGGAGCUGAACAGCACAGCAGCCAUGUCGACGUCCAGUUCAGCGGCCGCAUCAUCAUCAUCAUCAUUUGCGGCUCACUCAGCCAGCAAGGAUAACAACAGCAACAUGAAAAAUCACAGCAACAACAGUCAAACAGGAGCCGAGCAAAAUAAAUUGAACAAUUGGAGCAUGCAUAAUGAGAGCAACAACAAGUUAGCUGAAGCCGAACGGAAGUUGGAGAGUCAUAAACAACAACAGCAACUGACUAACAACAGGUCCUCGAGCUAUGAACUGUACCAGGAGGCAGCAGACAUACUAGGACUUAGCUGCAGCCUCUGUGAUAAUUGCCGUUGCUUAGAUUGCCAGAGCGGAUAUUUUGAUUGUGCCGAUGAUGAUGACGAAAGCUACUCGGAGCACUCAUUGAUGGAUGAAUACGAUGAAUAUGACUAUGGCUAUAGCUACGAGGAGCAAAUGCUACUGCUGGCCAAUGCGCAUCAACAAGCUGGACAACAGCAGGGGCAACAGGAGCAACAGGGGCAGCAGGAGCAGUCCCAGCUAAAGCUUUGCUAUGCUCUCGACUGCCAAGAGAAUUGCUGCAGCAAAGUUUCAGAGGAGCAGGAGGAGGAGGAAUUCAAAUCUUCUUCGGAGCAUCGUUUGGCCAUUGAUUUUGAUUUAAUUAAUGCAACCAGCAGCCAAGUGCUGGAAAAUUGUUCAACAUUCAACGAUUUGAGCUUAUUGGAUGCCGAGCAGCAAGUGGAGCCAUUUACGUAAAUUUCAGUUAGACGAGCGAAUAAAUCAAUGGAAAAUAAAAAUAUAUACGCAUACGUACACACAUACAUACAUACAUAUAUAGGGAUACAGA